UUCGUCGAGGCGUUCGGCUCCUUCCUCUUCACGAAACCAGUUCUUCACUCCGCUUCAGCUAUAACCUUGUUUUCCAUCUCGGACGCUCUCUUAGGGUUUCAACCCCAAGCCCUCUUCUGGCCAGCUUGGAGAGAAAAUGCCUAGAGAGACGGACCCCUUUUGGAAGUAUGUGAAAUUGCUGCCUAACAAACACUGGAACUGCAACUUCUGUGGGAAUUCGUAUGCUGGAAGCGCGACCAGGAUCAAGGCCCACUUAGCUGGAGUUGGAGGAUAUGGGAUCAAUGACUGCAAGAACGUUGAUGGCCGAGUGAGAUCGGAAGCCCGGAAGGCGAUGAAGGGUAAAAAAGUGGUGGAAUCGAGCAGCAGACCAGAUAACGAUGAAGUGGGUCUGCAUCAGCCUGUGAUUGCAAGCAAUGAAGAUGGUCGGCCUGUGAUUGCAAGCAAUGAAGAUGGUCGGCCUGUAAUUGCAAGCAAUGAAGAUGGUCAGCCUGUGAUUGCAAGCAAUGAAGAUGGUCAGCCUGUGAUUCCAAGCAAUGAAAAUGGUCGGAGAGAGACUUCAUUUGUUGCCAUGCCAUACCUGAGCUCUAAUGCCAUAAGCAAUGGUCGGCCUGUGAUUGCAAGCAAUGAAGAUGGUCGGAGAGAGACUUCAUUUCUUGCCAUGCCAUACCUGAGCUCUAAUGCCAUAAGCACUGUAGGUGCAAGUUCAUCAGACUUUCAUCCAUCGCAUGAGAUGAAUGUGCCCAGUCAGUAUCUUCCUACUCAAAACAUGACGACACAUGGGGACUUUUCAUUCUGGACACAACCUCCUCAAUCUCAUGCCGUUGAUUCUAACAUUCAGCCAUGGAAUUUGAGUUAUCCUGGUGGCGGCGGAGACCUUGCACCUGAAGCUUUGACUAACAUGCCACCCCUAGUAAAUGUAGAAGGGGGAGAACCCAAUGCAGAGGUUCCACAAGAUGCGAGGACGGAUGAUGCACUCGUCGAUAGUCAACCAAUUGCUUGUGGGCUGGUCAACGAGAAUAUGCCAUCUCUGAAAAGAAAGCUGGAAGAACUAAGCAAUCAAGAAGCAGACAUGGAUGGGUUGGAGACAUGGUGUAGGAAAGCACAAAGGAUUAGUGGAGAAUAUUGGAGCACGUUCCAAGCAUUCCGAGAAGGCAGAUCUCUUUCUCCACAGCAGGUAGAAAGAGUAAAUGAUUUGAGCAAAGAAGUUAAAGAUAUUCUAGGCCACUGUAGCUUCCCAAAGGGGUCGACAACACAUGCUGCUGGAUGUAGGAAAAGUUUGCCCUUGGAAACAACAGAGCUAGUAGACAAGGAAAGUAAGGAGACAAUCGAAAAGAUAUGCGGCUAUUUAAUGGAGGAUGAGAUUUUCGUCAUUGGCAUUUGUGGAAUGGUGGGAGUUGGCAAGACAGCCAUUUUAAUGCAUGUUUAUAAUAGAGUACUUGAGAAUCUUGCCUUCAAUGAUGUGUUUUGGGUCACUGUACCUCAGGAGUUUAACGUCUAUGCACUGCAAAAUGAGAUUGCCAAUGCACUAGGACUAGACAAUCUCUCAAAGGAUAGGGACGUGAAGAGGAGGGCGUGCAUAUUGAAUAGGCAUUUGAAGAGCAGGAGAGCUGUCUUAUGCUUAGAUGGUCUGUGGAUGCACUUUGACAUUGAGGAUGUGGGAAUUCCAGUUGAGAAUGCAGGCAUUAGGUUGGUACUGACAACUCGAUCACUAGAUGUAUGUCAUAAGAUGGUCUGCCAGAAACAAGUCGAAAUAAGCCCUCUAUAUCGGCCAGAUGAUUGUUGGGUCUUAUUUCUAAAAACACUUUGCUUUGGGAGAGACCUCCCUUCAGAAGUUAAAAAAAUUGCAAGCUCCAUUUUGGAUAAGUGUGGGGGUUUGCCACUUGGGAUCAUUGAGAUUGCAACUCACAUGAAGGAACUAAAGGCAGUGCAUGAAUGGAAAGGCUUGUUGCAGCGAUUAGAAAAUUCGAUGAUGGAACUUAAUGUGUUAAAGAAACUGAAACUCAGUUUCGUGAACUUGGGGAAUCUUCAAGUGGAGCAGUGUUUAUUGCAUUUAAUACUCUGUUUUGGAGAGUACUUCUCUGAAGAUGAAAUCAUCAAAAAAGUUUUGAUAGAGUCUUUCAUAGAUGAGGGCUUGUUAAGUGGAAUGGCCACCCGGCAAGAAUUGCACGAUAGGGGAAACACCAUAUUGGACAAAAUAAAAAGGGCUUGCCUGGGGGUUAAUAUAGACGAAGAGCGUCUCUUAGUACACCCCUUGAUAAGGGACAUGGCAUUGCAAAUAGUGACGAGCACAACUCACAUGGUCAAGGCCAACAUGGGAUUGAAAGAAAUUCCAGAGGAUAAGUUCUGGACCGAUCACCUAGAGAAAGUCUUCUUACAAAGCAACGAUAUAGAAGAAAUCCCAUACGGCAUAUCGCCAAAUUGCCCUAAACUUAUGAGGCUGUCAUUGAAUAACAAUGUCUCUUUGGAAGCCAUCCACAAAUCUUUCUUCAAGCAUAUGAAGGGGUUGAAGGUUCUAGAUCUCAGCAAAACGAAAAUCACGGAAUUACCGGACACCAUGUCUCACUUGGAGAGCUUGGAAGCACUGUUACUUCGAGGGUGUGAGGAAUUACGUUGUGUACCUUGUGUUCGAAAGUUGGGUUCCCUAAGAAAGUUGGACAUGAGUGGGUGUACCAUGCUGGAAGAAGUGCCAAAGGGGAUGGAGAUGUUGGUAAAGUUAAUGUACCUCGAUCUACAUGGCACAAAGAUCAAGACACUACUAGAAGGAGUGUUGGGGAAGCUGGUGAACUUGCAAUAUCUGGUGAUUAAAAAAGUGACGGCAAAAGAAGAGGAAGAGGAAGAGGAGGAAGAGGAAGAGAUAAAAUUAACAAAGGUGGAAGGAUUCUAUUGCUCUGUUCUAAAUGUUGAAACAUUCAAUGCGUGCGUGAGGCUUCUCGAGCGAAACAGCUCCCAACCAUAUGAACUGUGGUUGAACGAAUUAGGAGAGCACUCCUUUAGAAAUAUGCAUGAGAGGCAUAUAAUCAUCAAAAGUUGCCGUAGUAUUGCGGCAAGGGUAGAUGGAGAAAUUGGUGGGGAUGGCCACGCUCUACUUCCAAAAAAUGUGCGAGUACUGGAAGUAGGACGGUGCAAUGGGGUGACAAGUUUGUGCGAGGUAGGCCCACUUUAUGAUCUAGAGGAGCUGAAGAUAGAGAAAUGGGAGAAGCUGGAGGAGCUGGGUGCUGUCCACUUCCCUCGCCUACGGAGACUAUAUAUCUCUGGGUGUUCCAAACUGAAGCGUCUCUUGAAGGAGGGGCAUGAUCUCCAAUAUCUACAAUGGUUUAAAAUCGAGGGCUCAGAGGAACUAGAGGGGAUUGAUAUAGUGGCACCUUCUCUUUAUAGUAUAGAAGUGUACGGGUGUCCUAAAAUGAAGAGGGUGGUGGAAUGGGAGUGGCUGGAAACUCGCCUUCCAAAUCUGAGGUCCAUUAAAAUAAAACAUUGCGAGCAAUUAAAGGAGAUAAUAGGUGAGCGAGCAGGGCCUGCCGGUGCAACUUAUUGUCUUGCAAAGAUUGAAAUAGAAGGAUGCAAGAGGCUGGAGAGGGUGCUGAUGAUGUGGGGCCUCCCGCUGAGCGUCCCUUUCCUCCGACAUUUAUCAGUCAAAGACUGCAAGGGCAUAGAGGUGAUAAUAAGCUCUGCUCCCGCCACAAUGCAUCUCAACUCAAAUUUAACACACCUGACUCUAUGGAAACUUCCGGCGCUGGAGGCCAUAUAUGAUGAGACCGUGAGUUGCCAUUCAAUCGAAUGUAUCGAUAUAAGAAAUUGUCCAACGCUGAAGAGGCUUCCUAAGAUUGACGAUGGGCUCCCUUGUCCUCCCCGCGUUGUUAAAAAUAUUUGGAUAGAUCAGCAGCUGUCGCGGUUGCGGUUGCUGGAGUGGCGCCAGUCCCUUUUCCAACCUGUACUUGAACGCUUAGCCCGGAUUCAUGAACCUCGUGAAGAAGAGCUUUCCGAUCAAAGCAUUGUUAAAUAUAUUGACCGUAUUGCGGCAAGGGUAGAUGAAGAAAUCGGUGGGGAUGGCUGCAAUCUACCCCGGAAAGAUGUGCAAGUACUGACAGUAGGAAGGGGCAGUGGGGCGACAAGUUUGAGCAAGCUAAGCUCACUGAAGAAUCUAGAGGAGCUGACUACAGAGGAUUGCGAGAAGUUGGAGGAGCUGGGUGCUGUCCACUUCCAUUGCCUGCGGGUACUGAAAAUCGCUCGGUGUUCCAAAUUGAAGCAUCUCUCGGUGAAGGGGGAUGGGUUUCCACAUCUACUAUGGUUUGAAAUCAAUGGUUUGGAGGAACUGGAGCAGAUCGAUUUAGCUGCGCCCAGUCUAAAACUUAUGGAAGUGUCCCAGUGUUCUAAAAUGAAAAGAGUGGUGGAAGGGGCCUGGCUGGCCACUAGCCUUCCAGAUCUGAAGUCCAUUAGAAUACAACGUUGUGAGAAAUUAGAGGAAAUAAUAGGCGGGCCAUUGCCAACCAAGCACACUUGUCUUACAAAGAUUGAAAUAGAUAGAUGCAACAACAUGAAGGGGGUGCUGCUGACGCAUGACGUGUUGCCCCACCUCCCUUCCCUCCAACAGAUUACAGUUGAAAACUGCGAGGGCAUAGAGAUGAUAAUAGGCACUGCCCCCGACAUGACGCAAUCUUCCUUCCCAGAGUUUACACGCCUGACUCUAAGGAAUCUUCCGGAACUGAAGGAGAUAUGUGAUUGGAUCAACACUUGCGAUCACAUCCAAUUUAUUGAAAUAACAAGAUGUCCGAAGCUGAAGAGGAUUCCUUUGCCACUGCGCCCACGUGACAGUGGCCUCCUUUCUCCUCCCCCCUCCCCUGGACAGAUUUUGAUGGAUCAGGAGACGUGGCAAGCACUUGACAGUGGCCUCCUUUCUCCUCCCCUCCCCUGGACAGAUUUUGAUGGAUCAGGAGACGUGGCAAGCACUUGACAAUGGCCUCCUUUCUCCUCCCCCCUCCCUUGGACAGAUUUUGAUGGAUCAGGAGACGUGGCAAGCGCUGGAGUGGGACCAUCCCCUUGCCCCUAUCUCCCUUGAACCCUUCGUCGAGUUUAUUUCUGGUGAGUUACCCACAAGUUUUACAUUUCUUUUAUUCUCUCCAUCUAAAGAUCGAUCUCCCACGGUACGGUAAAAUCUCUUUUUUUUUUUCCCGAACUGUAUACCAACUAUUAGGCCCAGUAUGUAUAACUUUUAUUAUUGCUUAAAAGUAAAUCAAAAUGGUUGUAUUAUUAUUGAAAAUUAAUUGCCAUGGCAUCGUUCAAAGAAUAAUAACGGCAAUUUUCUAAAACUUAAAAUUGCCAAAAUAUCGAGUCUAAUUCUUAAGUUCUACUUUAUUAGUCGGGACA